GCGUAACCAAACAUCAACUCACGCGUGUUCGUCUCUGUUCUUCAUCAUUUUUUCCUCUGUCAAACGGCAUUGACUACGCUUCUCGCUUCCUCUACCUCUAUCACCGCCGUUUUUACCAGAUCGUUGGUUCACGGAUCCACAUCUCGAUAGACGGGGUUUGUGUUCCGGAGGUUUCAUUGUGUUACGUAUUCCGAUUGCUGAAGAUCACUGUCGAAUUUGGUUUCGUACGAAAACCCUAAUUAGCUUCGUCGGCCAUAACUGGUUUGAAUAUUGUCAAAGAUGAGUGACAAUCUGAUGGACAAAGUUAGCGCAUUUGGCGAGCGUCUCAAGAUUGGAGGCACUGAAAUGAGCAAGAAAGUCAGUGCCGGUAUGACCUCUAUGAGCUUCAAAGUGAAGGAACUCUUUCAAGGUCCUAACCCAGCCGAUAAACUAGUCGAGGAUGCAACAUCAGAGAAUCUAGAGGAACCUGAUUGGGCUUUGAAUUUGGAAUUAUGUGAUAUGAUCAAUCAUGAAAAAAUUAAUAGUGUCGACUUGAUCCGUGGAAUAAAGAAGAGGAUUAUGAUGAAGCAGCCAAGAAUUCAGUACCUUGCCUUGGUGUUGCUAGAGACAUGUGUUAAGAACUGUGAGAAGGCAUUCUCUGAAGUGGCAGCAGAAAGAGUCCUUGAUGAAAUGGUUAAGCUGAUAGAUGAUCCGCAAACAGUUGUCAAUAACCGGAACAAAGCUUUGAUGCUGGUUGAGGCUUGGGGGGAAUCGACCAGUGAACUUCGCUAUUUACCAGUUUUCGAAGAAACUUAUAAGAGCUUAAGAUCAAGAGGAGUACGCUUUCCUGGGCGUGACAACGAGAGCUUGGCGCCUAUUUUUACUCCUCCUCGUUCAGCUACAGCCCCAGAAAUGGAUGCCAAUGUUCCACAGAACGUGCAGUAUGAUGUUCCUCCAGUUAUAAGCUUUACUGCUGAGCAGACAAAGGAAGCGUUUGAUGUAGCAAGGAACAGCAUUGAGCUUCUUUCCACGGUUUUGUCCUCUUCACCUCAACUGGAUGCUUUACAGGAUGACUUGACAAUAACACUUGUACAUCAAUGUCGCGAGUCCCAAACCACAGUUCAACGAAUCAUCGAGACGGCUGGAGAGAACGAAGCCCUUCUAUUCGAAGCGUUGAACGUGAAUGAUGAGAUCCAGAAAACGAUGACCAAGUACGAAGAGAUGAAGAAGAAGCCUUCUGGUGCGGCACCAACUGCACCUGAACCAGCGAUGAUACCUGUGGCGGUGGAACCUGACUCUGACUCGCCGGUUCAUGCCAAAGAGGAGCCGUCACUGAUCAGAAAGCCCUCUGGUUCUCGAGGCGGCACACAUGCUGAUGCCGAUGGCAUGAUGGACGACCUCGACGAGAUGAUAUUCGGCAAGAACAGCGGUGUUUCUGGUUCUGGUCACGACCCGAAGAAGAAGCAGCAGUCUUCUAAGGAUGACGACGACCUUAUCCGAUUCUAAGAUAUUUCAAUGGAAGAAAGUGGGGAAACAUAUGGAGACAAACUGUUCUAUGAGUUUUCGUCAUUGACUGAAUAUGUUUUUAUGUGCAUUUUCUGUAAGUAAUCGGCUUUUCCGGAUUUGGAUGUAUGAUUGGGUUUAUAAAGAUAAAUUAAUGGUAAUCCAAACA